AUGAUGAAAAAUUUGACUCUUUCUAUUGAAACCAUGACCUGAAAUAGAGAGUCCCAUGGGUUAUUCGACUAUGAAAAAACAGCCCUAAAAGUUAUUAAUACCUAUAAAACAAAAAUCCCUACAAAGGUUAUUCAAACUGCUGAUGGCUGUGAAUUUACCAAUGAUAUUUCUUAUCAGUCUGAUAAUGUACUACUAGAUAUACUUCUCCCUAAUAAUUUCUUCAGCUUUUCACAUAGUAAUUAUUUAUUAUAAGACAAAUUAAUUAAUUUUCUUAUAUAUCAACAUCAGAAAAAGAGUUCAUAAUCGAAUCACCAAGCCAAGAAAAAUUUUGAUUAAUUGUAAAAAAUAUGACAUCAGAAGAUUUUGAUGGUUAUAAACUUUCUGAAGGCGACUAUAUGCGGGUUGGACGUGUAGUUCUUCGUGUAAAAGAAAUUCACACUAAAUUUUCUAAUAUUUCUGCAAAAGAAAAUGGAGCCAUUGAAAAAUUUUCUUUUGGGAAUAUUUGUAGAUUCUGUCUAAAUGAUAAUUACUCUGACACAAAUUUGCUGAUUGCCCCUUGCCGCUGCACAGGCUCAAUGAAAUGGAUUCACUAUAAAUGCUUACAGACUUGGCUUAAAUCAAAAAUAAGGAUAAAACAAGGUAGAUCUGUUGCUUGUUAUAGCUGAAAACAGCUGCAUUGUGAAAUAUGUCAAGAGGUUUAUCCUUUAACAUUUAAAGUUGGAGGGAAAAUACAUGAGCUUAUAGAUAUUCCAAGACCUUCAGAGCCAUAUAUAAUUCUUCAAGAUCUCAGGGGACAAAGAGUACUGUACUGUAAAAUAUAUAUAAUUUCUAUGUCAAAAGGACAUGCUAUUAGGAUAGGAAGAGGGCAUGAAAAUGAUAUAAAAAUAAAUGAUAUUUCUGUCAGUAGAUGCCACUCAGUUUUGAGGUUCUAUGGAAACUCGGUUUAUCUGCAGGAUUAUAAUUCAAAAUUUGGGACUUUAGUAAAGGCACAAGAUAAAUUGGUGAUUGAAAAAAAUACGUCAGUCGCAGUGCAAUUGAAUAGAAGAGUGAUGCAGUUUACAACAAGAGAACCUUUUAAUAUCCUUGACAUGUGUAUUGGCUGCUGUAAAAGGAAAGGAAAAGUCACUCCAAGUAUUUUAAAUGUUGAUGAAAAACCCUCAUUUUAA